GGAAAAGGGAAAAAAAAAAGUAAUGCGAAAAUGUCGGAUAAUGGAGAGGAAGAAUCGAGUGAGGUUUUGGGUUCGACAAAGCUCGAGCUUCCGGAGGAAUUGCUCCAAAUCCUACCGUCCGAUCCAUUCGAGCAGCUAGACAUGGCCCGGAAGAUCACGUCCAUUGCGCUCUCGACACGUGUCUCGGCCCUCGAGGCAGAGUCGUCGGAUCUCCGGGGAAAGCUCGCCGAGAGAGACAGAGCAAUCGCCGAGCUUCAGUCUCAGGUCGAGUCGCUCGAAGCUUCUCUCUCCGAUGCCUUCGAGAAGCUCUCUCGGUCGGACAGGGAAAAGGAGAGUUUGCUGAGGGAGAACGCUUCGUUGUCCAGUACUGCGCGGAAACUCCAGAGAGAUGUGUCGAAGCUCGAGGGUUUCAGAAAGACGCUUAUGCAGUCUCUCCGUGAGGAUGAAGAAAAUGCAGGAACAACUCAAAUCAUUGCCAAACCAACCCCUAAUGACGAUGAUUCUCGAUUGCCACCUUCAAGAGAUCCUUCAAUCCAUUCUCAGGAUUCUGAAGCAGUUGAGUCUGCUUCAAAUGACAACCAGACUGAUGUGCCUAAACCCGGCUUAUCAACCAGCUUCCCGUUAGCAUCCAAGACAAGUACACCUAGACUCACUCCGCCUGGAUCUCCACCGACAUUAUCGGCCUCUGCUUCACCAACAAGAACAUCAAAGCCUCUGUCUCCAAAACGUCAUGCCAUGUCAUUCUCUACCUCGAGAGGCAUGUUUGAUGACAGAUCUUCAUUUUCUGAAGCUGGUUCUUACACGGGGCGAACUCGGGUUGAUGGUAAAGAAUUCUUCCGUCAAGUCAGGAGCCGUUUGUCUUAUGAACAGUUUGGUGCAUUUUUGGGUAACGUGAAGGAACUCAACGCCCACAAACAAACCAAAGAAGAAACCCUUGGGAAGGCAGAAGAGAUUUUCGGAGAAGAAAACAAAGAUCUUUACCUUAUUUUCGAGGGUUUGAUCACUCGCAACUUCCAUUGAGAUCUCUACGAUAUGUACUUUUUACUUGGCUGUAAAUGGGAAAAUACACUACGCGUACGGACGCUUUGAUGUAAUUAUUCUCUGUCGUUGUUAUUGUUCCGUUUUGAAUGAAUGAAACUUGUUAUUAUUAUUAUUA